UUAUGUGAACGUUCUGACAAUACAAAAUGUUCCUUUUUUUGCCCUCCAAUUUAAAUUCACUGCUAUACAAUUCUUGCUAUGAUUGUUAGGCCAUGGUCCACAGAAUUUAAGUUACUAUGUUAUCCAAUACUAGAAUAGACAAAUAGGACACAUACCCUCAACAUCAACUGUAAUAUUCUCCGGCCACCUAUCACACCAUUUCUUUCACUCCUCUUCCUUUCCAAACUUCACUAUCUUCCAAUUUACAUGUCCUUGUUACUGACCCAUAUAAUCUAAUAAAAUCUAACGUGCAUUCCUCUGAUAAAUUCAUUCAUUUUUUCUUUAAUACAAUGACCCCUCGGAUAUAUAAUAUAUGUAGCUGUUACAUUAUACCCUGCACAGCUAAACAUGAAUCAAAAGCAGCUUGAGCCACUACCUUUGCUAAGCAGCUUCCUUGGUUCUUCAACAUGUUCAUCAUCAGAACUAAAUCAAAAUCUGAAAGAAGAUGUGACAGUGGCCUUGCACAUUGGGCUCCCUGACAAUUCCCAUGAUAAUCAAAAUGUAGAACCUCUCCAAGCUCCAAAUAAUUACUGGAUACCAACUGAAGAGCAGAUUAUAAUUGGUUUCAGCCACUUCUCUUGUCCUGUUUGCCCAAAAACCUUCAACCGCUACAACAAUCUUCAGAUGCAUAUGUGGGGACAUGGGUCAGAAUACAGAAGAGGGCCAGAGUCACUGAAAAGAACACAUCCAAGGCCAUUGUUGGAGAUAGCAUGCUACUGCUGCAAAGGAGGGUGCAAGAACAACAUAGAGCACCCAAGAGCAAAGCCUCUGAAAGAUUUCAGAACACUGCAAACACACUAUAAGAGGAAGCAUGGACCCAAACCCUUCUCAUGCCGCAAGUGUGCAAAGAAUCUGGCUGUGAAAGGUGACUGGAGAACUCAUGAGAAGAACUGUGGCAAACGCUGGCUUUGUCUUUGUGGCUCUGACUUCAAACACAAGAGGUCUCUUAAGGAUCAUAUCAAGGCUUUUGGCUUUGGUCAUACUCCCUUCUCUUCUUCUUCUACUUCUUCUUCUCAUUAAUCUUAUUAUUUAUCUUCAAAAUCUUCACUCUUAAACAUUACUGCAAUUUCUUCUUCCCAAUUCAUGCAUACGCUUUUCUCAUUUUAUGACCCUUCCCACGUAUAUAAUGGUAAUGCA